AUGGGUCCUCGCCUUGCCUGCUUGUCUGCCUUGCCUUGCCUUGCCUUGCCUGUGCUGCGUAAGGAUACGGCUCCCAGGAUACCUACGGCUCCAGGAUACGGUUCUGGGUCAUGGUCCCGAGACAUUGGCCGCCCCCGUCUCUCCAAUCUCCAAUCUCCAAUCCCCAAUCUCCAGGGCCAGGAGGAUCUGGCAUGGCCGAUGGUCCCGUCCCCAGCGUCACGGUCCGGCCCAGCGCGGCGGCCCAUACCUAAAACCACCAGCCACGUAGACCUCCCAAGCACCGGUCCCAUCAACCCAUUGGACUCGCCCGUCGACGGUGGCCACACCCCCCGUCCACCCUCAACCGGCUCCGCGGUAACGGGUUAUAGCCCAGCCCUCAGCCCUGGGACUGCCAGAGGGGAUCCAGCCUCCAGGAAAUCCCGAAGGCUUGGCCCAGGGUCUGUGUCUCCCACGGUGACGGGAUCCAUCGAAACCCUGGGCCUGCACAGGGCAGCGGGCAGCGGGCAGCGGAUGGACCCAUGCACGCCGCCAUCAACGGUGCGAGCCGAAGCCGGAGAAAAUGAAUCUAAAACGAGGGCCGACGGCAAGCUUAGAGCUAGAGUGCCGCCUCCCUUCCUCUCACGAGUCUAG